CAGCAGAUGAGGCGAAAUUGAAGUUUUGAGCAACUCAGUUUUAAUUUGAUCGCUAGUUGAGUAAAAAAUCAGAAGAAGAAAAGUCAACACACUACAUGAGUUGAAGUAGGCUCUCUAAGUGAAACCAUACAGAAAGAAGAGAAACACAAAUAAAAAAAAAAAGCAAAAAAUUAUAUAUUAAUAUAGUCGUGUACUACUGCAUAUUGUGCACAUAUGUAUGUAUGCAUACUUGUUGUUUGUGUGUGGUGUGAGUCAUGACGUUUCGGUAAACGGACGGCGUAGAAAACAGUUAUAUUGUGCACAUAUAUAUUCAUAUAUAUAUUGCAUAAAGGGCGCAACGCGUGACUAAAAAAAAAAGGAAAUUUCGGUAGAAAAGAAACGAAGCACAAAACUCGACAUUAUAGUAAAAAGGACACAAAGCAGCUGCUGCGCCCAUAUAUAUGAACACACACACAGUCACAUACACAUACUUGGAGCAACAUCAACAACAACAAAAACAACAUUAGUUGUCGCCGCCGCCGUCGUCGUCACAGUUGAAGUACGCCACGGCCAGUGAAGCAACAGUCUGUAGAAAAAAGAGAAAAAAAAAAACUGUAAACUGUAAACAAAGCUUUUGGCCAAACGGAUAGGUGGCGCCACUUUCGCUGCAGCAAGCAAGAGAAAAGAAGCAAAAUGGUUGAUCGUCUCGUUAACUCGGAAUUGAACACCCGUCGCAUUGCCUCCGUCGAGAACUGCUUUGGUAGCUCCGGUGUGCCGCUGGCGAUACCCGGACGUGUUCUAGUCGGCGAAGGUGUUCUGACCAAAAUGUGCCGCAAACGUCCAAAGUCGCGGCAAUUCUUUCUUUUCAACGACAUACUGGUUUAUGGCAACAUUGUGAUUGGCAAGAAAAAGUACAACAAGCAGCAUAUAAUGCCGCUCGAGGAGGUUUCCCUGGACUCGAUACCCGACAACCAGCAGUACCGCAAUGGCUGGUACAUACGCACCACGACGAAGUCCUUCGUCGUCUAUGCCGCCACCAGCACAGAGAAGCAGGAAUGGAUGGCCCAUAUAAACAAAUGCGUGGAGGAUCUGUUGCGCAAGAGCGGUAAGAAACCGCCGGGAAACCACGCCGCUGUUUGGGUGCCCGAUGCCGAGGCCAGCGUCUGCAUGCACUGCAAGAAGACGCAGUUUACAUUUGUCCAGCGGCGUCAUCAUUGCCGAAACUGCGGCGCUGUCGUUUGCGCCGCUUGUUCCACUAAGAAGUUCCUCUUGCCCCAGCAAACUGGCAAAGCGCUGCGGGUGUGCGAUGCUUGCUACGAACGCUUGCGCCACGCUCCCGAUCCGGACGGCACCGUGGAGCAGCGGGCCUCGAAGCUAAACAUAAGUGGGGCAGGGGACAGCUCGAAUGACGAUGAUACCGACGAGGAUCUGCCGGGCUCAGCUGAGGCGCAUGAUGAGCCACGCUUCUACGGCGACAACAGCAUGUCUACGGCGGAUGAGCAGACGGCUAAUUCAUCAGCGAUUGCAGCAACGACAACAACAACACCUGCCACAGCCACACCCUCCGCCUCCGCCGCUGCCCCCGCUUCAGUCAAUUGCUGAGCCUGAAGCCACAAAUGCUGUGUAUAACAGUUUUGGAAGAAAAACAAAACAGAAUACGAUGCUGGCAAACUGAAUGCGAACUGGAUUACUGCAAGACGAACAACGCAAGCAACGAGAAAUGGAGGAAGUUAAGGAACUGCGCAAAAUGACGGAAUUUAAAGCUCGUCCAAAUCCAUUUAAA